GGGAGCCCCGCCCCCGGCCAGUUAACUGGCGGCAGCUGCGCGGGCGCCCAGUUCGCAGCGAAGCGGUCGGAGGAGGUGCGUCCGGGCGGCGAGGGCCAUGGCCACGGUGCGGGAGAAGGCGGCCGCGCUGAACCACUUGCCCCUCCACGGCCCCGCGCACAAGCCUCCCGGUUUCAGUGUGGCCCAGAAGCCCUUUGGAGCCACAUAUGUAUGGAGUAGCAUUAUAAACACUCUUCAAACACAAGUGGAAGUGAAAAAACGAAGGCACCAUUUAAAACGACACGAUGACUGCUUUGUUGGUUCCGAAGCUGUGGAUGUCAUUUUUUCUCACUUAAUUCAGAAUAAGUAUUUUGGUGAUGUGGAUAUUCCUCGAGCCAAAGUGGUGAGAGUGUGUCAGGCACUUAUGGAUUACAAAGUAUUUGAACCAGUUCCAACCAAAGUCUUUGGAAAAGACAAAAAACCUACAUUUGAAGAUAGUAGUUAUAGCUUUUACAGAUUCACAACGAUGCCUAAUCAAAACAGUCAGUUAGGCGAAGAGAACAGACUAUGUUCACCUUCCAGAUAUGCAGAUGCAUUAUCUAUGUCACCUGAUAUCAAAUCAGCCAGUUUAGAGGACCUGUGGGAAAAUCUGAGUUUAAAGCCUGCCAACUCCCCUCAUGAUACCUCUGCAACCUUAUCUCCCCAAGUUAUUAAUGAAGUAUGGCAAGAAGAAACAAUUGGGCGUCUACUACAACUUAUAGAUCUUCCACUUCUUGACUCCUUACUCAAACAACAAGAGGCUGUACCUAAAGCUAAGAGGCAGUCUGACGUGGUCAACAACAGUAACUACCUGGAUCGAGAGAUUCUCAAGGCAUAUGGUGACUCUCAGGAAGAUGAAUGGCUCUCUGCAGCAAUUGACUGCUUGGAAUACCUUCCAGACCAGAUGGUGGUAGACAUAAGCAGAAACUUCCCUGAGCAACCAGACAGAACAGACUUAGUGAAAGAACUUCUGUUUGAUGCCAUUGGCAGAUACUACAGUAGUAGGGAACCUCUGUUAAAUCACUUAUCUGAUGUUCAUAAUGGAAUUGCAGAACUCUUAGUGAAUGGAAAGACUGAAAUAGCAUUAGAAGCUACUCAGCUGGUUCUAAAGCUUUUGGAUUCCCAAAAUAGAGAAGAAUUUAGAAGACUGUUACAUUUCAUGGCUGUUGCAGCCCAUCCUUCCGAAUUUAAAUUACAGAAAGAAAGUGACAACCGAAUGGUUGUGAAAAGGAUAUUCUCAAAAGCUAUUGUUGACAAUAAAAAUUUAUCCAAAGGCAAAACCGAUCUUCUGGUACUCUUCUUAAUGGAUCAUCAAAAAGAUGUUUUUAAGAUUCCUGGAACUCUUCAUAAAAUUGUCAGUAUUAAGCUUAUGGCCAUACAGAAGGGAAGAGAUCCAAAUAGAGAUGCAGGAUAUAUUUAUUGCAAGAGAAUUGAUGAAAGCGACUAUUCCAGCAGUACACAGAAGAAAACCAAAGAUGAGCUGUUGAAUUUACUAAAAACUAUUAAUGAAGAUUCAAAACUGUCUGCGAAAGAGAAGAAAAAACUGCUAGAUCACUUCUAUAAGUCUCACCCGAACAUCUUUAUUGAAUAUUUUGAAGGCUGAGUUUUCUUUUUUUUUUUUUUUUCCGUCCUUCGCAAACAGCUUUAUUUACAAAACAGGUCUCAAAUAACAU